UGUUGCAGAGGCUAGACGCCGUCUGCCUUGUCGGGACCAUCGGUGCCGAGACUUUCGGCGACUCAGCUGCAAAUUUCAAGCGAUUACGAGGAAUGUUCACAUUUUUUGUGGGUUAUCAGCCAUUGUUAACUUCUUUUGAGCUCACAUUCAGCGCUUGUAUCGCCGUGCGGACGCUCCAGACGACAGAAGUGAGGACCUCUUGUAUAUAAACAAAACGCAGCGAGCUGCUUUUAAGGUGGCACGUCAAAGACAGCUGCACCAACAAGGCUCGUCCGAUUCUCGUCUUUUUGUAAGUUAGCUAAGUUCGCGUUGACCGCGCUGUCAGGGAUGGAAACGACCAUACAGCUUUGUUAGGAGUUAAACUCCAAAACUUAUGCGUGCGAACAUGAGAGAAGAGGACGGUUUGUUGUCAGGAAGGCAGCUCAUGGCAAGUGAAAGAGGGGGUGAACAUCCCUGCUGCUGCCCCUGCUGCUACUUCACAGAGGAGAAAGGAGCACUUGCUAACACGAAGGGUGACCUGAGGCCUCCUGGUCAUUUGUCCAGGUCUUAGUAGUAUAAAAUCAAACUUUGGCACAAUAUGGAGACGGUGGGGAAAUUUGAGUUCAGUCGGAAGGACCUGAUAGGACAUGGCGCAUUUGCUGUUGUCUUUAAAGGCAGGCACCGAGAGAAACAUGACUGGGAGGUGGCAGUAAAAUGCAUAAACAAGAAGAACCUGGCCAAAUCCCAGACACUGUUGGGGAAAGAGAUCAAAAUACUCAAGGAGCUGAAACAUGAAAAUAUUGUUGCAUUACUGGACUUUCAGGAAACUGCCAGCUCAGUGUACCUGGUAAUGGAGUACUGCAAUGGGGGUGACCUUGCUGACUACUUACACUCCAAAGGCACGCUGAGUGAGGAUACUAUUCGGGUUUUCCUGCAGCAGAUUGCAGGGGCCAUGAGGGUUCUACAGGCCAAAGGCAUAAUCCACAGGGAUCUUAAACCCCAGAACAUUCUGCUCUCCUACCCACCAGGACGCAAGUCACACUCAAACAACACUUGCAUCAAGAUUGCGGACUUUGGCUUUGCCAGGUAUCUUCAGAACAACAUGAUGGCGGCAACGCUCUGUGGCUCCCCUAUGUACAUGGCUCCUGAGGUCAUUAUGUCCCAAAACUAUGAUGCCAAGGCUGACUUGUGGAGUAUAGGAACCAUAGUGUUUCAGUGCCUGACUGGAAAGGCUCCUUUUCAGGCUAGCAGUCCCCAGGACCUCCGGCUGUUCUAUGAAAAAAACAAGAAUCUCAGCCCCAACAUCCCCAGAGAGACUUCAAGCCAUCUGAGGCACCUGCUGCUGGGUCUGCUGCAGCGCAACCACAAGGACCGCAUGGACUUUGAUGAGUUUUUUUGUCAUCCUUUCCUGGAGGCUAGCUCAUCCGUGAAAAAGAUAACUCCUACUGUGACCAUGACCUGCUUUCCAAGCUCUGCAUCAGCCAGCUCUUGUAGCAGCUCUUCCACCUCUCAUCUCGCCUCACCACCGCAAUCUCUUGCUGAGGUUCAGCAUUUGCGUGCCAAAGCUCUGGCCUCUCCUACCCAAGAGGCCACCGGUUUUCUCCUCAAGGACUCGUCUGGAGGGGGCGGCAGCAGCAAGAACUCCUCCUCCUGUGACACAGAUGACUUUGUCAUGGUGCCUGCUCACUUCAACACAGGUGAGCUUACAUGUGAGAGUAAAGUGCUGCAGGACAGCCUGAUGAAUAGUGGCUCUCUUCUGGCUUCUGCUGGUCUGUGUAGCCAAGCCAAAACACCUCCGCACUCACCUUCCUACAGUGGCUCUCCAAGUCCUGUCAGGCCCACUGAGUUCUCUGGAAGUAACUAUGGUGGUAACUAUGGAAACCAUGGUCAGUCAUUGCCUAUCCCAGUCCCCACUCAGGUCCAGAACUACCAGCGCAUGGAGCAGAACCUCCAUUCUACCAAACAGGAUGGCUCGCCACGGCUUUCGACACCGGUGCGUCGUUGCAGCAGUGGAAGCUCAUUGGGCUUCGCUCGGACCGGGCCAUCGCCACCCUACGGGCAGGCAGCAGUUACCAACACCCGCAGGCUGUCCCUGGGAGGUGGCAGAACUUUCCAGCUCUCACCUCAAGCUCCACAGCACGUAGAACCCCGGCCGACCGCUCAGCAACACCAACAGACGACAGGAUUGGGUACACGGCUCCACAGUGCCCCCUGUCUGUUGGAGUGUGUCAGUGGUGGCGGCAGGCAGAAAAUCAGGAAGCAGCACUCAGACCCAGUGGUUGCCCCCUCGUCAGGCCUGAUGACUGUCCGCCCCCUACACUCUUCCCCCAGACUGAGUGAGCUGAUGCAGCGCAGCCCCCUUCCCACAAUCCUAGGCUCCCCCUCCAGGACCAUCCCUCCUUUUGAAUUCCCUAAGCCUCCCAGCUCCCCGAACCUUGUGACCUUUCUUACACAGCAGGGUUUGGUCAUUGGCUCUCCUUGCAGCAGGACUGCCCAAACAGAGCCCAGAGAGCCAGGACAGCAAGCAGCUACACAGGUCACCCAACCUGUGCAGUGCAUCCACAGACUGAAUGAUGAUACUAAGGGCUUUGGAAGGUCUCAGAGUGCCGGUCGUCUGUCUGACAUGCUGCUGAUGGCUGCUUUUGGACCAGGAGGACCUGUGGGUGAACGAGGCAGCACAGAGAACCUGACCUCUGAAAAAGCCAUAGAAAUAACAGUGCCCCCUAGUGGUGGGGUAGGGCUUACACCUGGAUCCAGCCCAGCACAGGUGGUUUUCACUGUGGGCUCUCCUCCCAGUGGCAGCACUCCACCUCAGACCUCCAGACAGAGGAAAUACUCAGGCUCAUUCACUUCAGUCAGCCCCGCGGGCUCCUUCACCAGCCGGUACCCCCAGACAGGCACCUAUCUGGACGGCUUUGAGGCUCCUUCUAGUCCUCGUUACAGUUUCACUGAUCCUAUCACAGCCAACAUGGGAGGUCAUGUAACCUUCGAGGCUCCUGAGCUGCCUGAGGAGACGCUGAUGGAGCAGGAGCAUACAGACACAGUGCAAAGCCUGCGUUUCACGUUGGAUUUUGCCCGUUGUCUGAUGGAGGUGGCUGGAGCCCGUGGCGCUGCGGCGGCAAGGGAGCAGGGGGAAGUUUCUCAUCCCUCCCUCCUUCAGCAGCAGAGCGUGGUAGCAGAUCAGAUAAGCUCACUGAGCCGAGAGUGGAGUCAUGCAGAACAGCUGGUCCUCUACCUUAAGACUGCAGAGCUCUUGUCCACUGCCUUAAACACAGCUAUGGAGCGAGUUAAACAGGGCAAACUCUACCCAUCUGCUACAGUCAAACAAGUGGUAAGGAGGCUGAAUGAGCUGUACAAAUCCAGUGUGGCAUCCUGUCGCUCACUCAGCACACGUCUGGAGUGCUUUUUUUCCAGGAAGCACCGUUUAAUGGACCAAAUCACCUCCAUCACAGCAGAGCGGCUACUCUUUAGCCACACUGUUCAGAUGGUUCAGGCUGCUGCACUGGAUGAGAUGUUCCACCAGGGGGAAGCAUCAGUCCUGCGCUACCAUAAAGCUCUGCUACUGAUGGAGGGCUUGUCUCUGCUGCUCACUGAACAGGAUGACAUCCUCAGUGUUAGCAAAUGUAAGGAGUGCAUUGAACGCCGCCUCACAGCUUUGCAGUCAGGACUCUGUGUUUGAGAGUCCCACGCUGCUUCUUGGAGUGUGGAUAUGAUGUCAGUCAUUUUUGCACCCUGCACAUUACCAAGGAACCAAAUCUCCACCCACAAUACAUGGUUGUCAGUUAGAACUUUUCCAGUUUUCACUAGAAAACCACAAGAUCUCACUUUUCACUGAACCUCCAGAGUCUGUGCUCUCUGAACGCCUCGCCGUUCACGUCGAGUUUUGCUCAGAGGCAGUGACAUCCCCAAUGCUGAACUUGGACCAGUGUUGGACAUGAAGCACUUGUGCUGUGAAAGAAUGUCUGCACCCUUGUCUGUGUGAGAGGACUUUGCUCCUGGCACGGAGAAUGGUAUUUUUUGCUAAGAAGAAGAUUCCCCUCACUAGGCGUAACACAUGCAGGAGCAAUUAUUGCCAAGUAGUCAUGCACCCACAUGCAGUGCUUAUCUAAAUAUAAACACAUUGCAUUGUAAGAUGGACAAAUAUACAUGCUACAAGUUUGCUGUAGGCAAAUCUAUAGACAAAAUCUUUUACCACGAUCAGUAGCUGGAAGGGAAGUACAGUAUCUGCUGUACACCUACAUAAGGACAUUUACUGAUGAAGACCAGGAAUGGCCAAGUAUCAUUCUCAUCAAAUGUAUGUUUGUCUUAUUCCCUUUAUUUGCUUUGCUGGGUUUAUUUUAUCUGUUUUUUAAAAUCUAAUUGUUACUUGCUUGCUGAAGGGAAGUAUUGUUACAGCUGGCAGCCAGAAGCGCAUAUAGGCACUAUUACACAACUGUUGCCAAAAUGACUUUAAAAAUGUAGUUUUUGUUCUUGUGUUACGUUUUAUUUUUGAUUCACUGCGGGUAACUAUGCUGGUUUGGAAAAAAAUCCCUGUGGUUGACACUUUACUGAUUCUAUACUUGCAAAGACCAAGUCCCCUCAGUGAAACAAUGACGUAGUAGGGAUUUAAUUUUUUUUAAACGGUGGCAGGUGUUAAAUCAACAGGUAUGGGUCCAGAAAACACUCACUACCCCACUGCUACAUGGAAUAUAUAGCUUUUAAUUCAUGGGGGACUGAAACUGGUCUGUCAGCAUCCCUGAUCACAAUCAUGUUAAAGAUGCUGCAAUAACUUGUGAUGUAUUUUUCAGGUAUACAGAAGCUUAGGUGCUGCUGUUGCUGGUUAUCUCAUCACAAGAUUCCAUAUUCUGUCUUUAUAUGUUUUACCUAUCAAUAAUGGUGGAGUUUAGCAAGUAUAAUCAAAUUUGAAUGUAGGGCUGACAGGAGAGAGACAUCGUAAAUAUUAGCCAAUGUUAGAUGACUAACAUGUAGACUGAUCCCAGGGUCUAACGUCUGAAUGUUUUUGCACUGUUGAAGUACUGUAUAGAACGAUCUUGAGUGGAACAUGCUAAACAUGUUCAGUUUUUGUAGAUACCUAGACAGAUUUGGCUUAUUUAGAGAUUUCUAAUUCAAUACUUUUAGUGCUAUUUUAAUUUAGUGUUAUAGUUACUGUCAAAAGGUAUGUAUGUUAGAUGUGCAAAUGCUGACAAAGAGAUGGUAUAAGCUAUGAAACCUUAGAAAGAUUUCUUUAUGGAAAAAAAGGAAAAGAAAAAAUGCUUUACACUGAAAAAAAAGAUUUGCAUUGAUUGUGUUGUGUUUUAUUUCAGAGUAGUCAGUGGGUGGCAAUUGUGUUUGAUUUUGAAAAGUGAUGUGUUGAUUUGGAGUGCUAGUUGAAAAUGUGUAUUUUACCUGAAAUAUUUCUGCAUAGAUAAUAAUGACCUUAGCCAUAUAUCCCAACAGGAUCCCUUAACUCCCCUAAAUUGUGGGUCAAUGUAAUGGGUCAACUUCCACUUAAGAAGUUUAUGUGCAUGCAUGCAUGCAUGUGUAAAGUGGUGUUGUUUGAGGUGUUAAUGGAAAGUGGGAUUUGUUCAGUACAGAACCAAUGACAUUGCUUUGUAACAAGAUGGGAAUGAUGUGAUUUAGAAUCCACCUGACUGCGUGGAUGUGUACACAUGAAACAAAAUCCACUGAAAAUCAAGGGUUCCAUUUGUGUAACCUACUACUAGGCCCAGGACUACUCUUUUCCCUGAGGUGUAUUUUCCUUUGUCAAUUUUUAAGUUAAUUUAGAUGGUGAACAAACGCAUAUUUUAGAGUAAUAUGGCGUUGAUGUGGUCAUGGCUGAAGAUAGUUAUUGCUGAGAUCAUGAAGCCAGUAUGGUAGCUCUGUCAGCAGAACAGAAUGGAGAGUUUUUUUCUAGUGAAGAUUUAUUUGAAUAUACAUGAUGUGUAUUUGCUUUGUGGCCUUUUGUCUUUUGUCAGUGAACUUUGUCCGAAGUUUUCUUUGACAUUACUCUACCGAGAACAUUAUGUGUAUGUAUAUAAUGUUUGUUUGAGUGUACAUUCCUGAUAUCAGCUCAUCCACAGAUGUCUCUACACAUGCUGUUCUGUUCAGUCAGUAGUCUCAAAACAUGAUACAGGUAGCAGAGAGUGAUGACCUCUUACCUUUUACAAAACUGAUGCAUGUGUCACUUUUUAUUGUUCCUUACAGUCAUUGCUAUUAGCCAUCUUAAUGAUGAUUAUCUUGGGUAGGAGUCAAAAACACCAUAAAGGUUUUGUGCAGCAGUUGAAACAAUGAAAGAAUACAGUGGUAGAGAACAGCAGCUCGGUGUAGGACGUUCAGAGGCAGUGCCCUAUGACAAGCACUAUCCACUCUGCUGAAGUGUCCUUGAGCAAGAUACUAACUCCCUACCAGCUCUCCGGCUACCAUUCAAAGUAUCACAUGACAAUAAAAUGAAAAGUAACCAUCAUGAAGAUGUAGUCCUUGCUAUGUGCACUCCCAAAGUAGACCUAUCAUUGAUUUGGAUUACUCUUUUUGUAUGUUUGCAAAGAACAUACCUGAAUGUUUUCAUUUUGCGUUUUUCACUUUACUAAUUCUGUAUUACCUGUAAAUAUUGUAAAUUAAGUUAUUGUUGUUAUUGUAUACAGUAUGACGCUGCAGGCAUGGAGAGACCAGAACCAUAGCACCUAUACAUUUCCAAAGAAUAGGCCUUCUGCUGAUCUUCCAUAUUGUCUCUGUCGCAAAAGCAUUUUAAUGUUGUCAUAUCUAUGACAGACACACUAUCUCAGCGUCUCUGUGUGUGAUAUAACCUUUACUGUUUGAGAGUUGCAACAUGAAUAAAGUGAAAGGACAGGUAA